ACUUCACUUUCACCUCAUCUCCGCACAUAUAAAGGUUUCUUGGUGCCGUUCUCCUGUUUCUUAUCCCCCACCGCUUAUCUUGGCACUCUCACCCGCAUUAACUUGAGGCAAGGCCGCUCCUUCCUACAUUAUCUUAUAGAGAGAAAAUGAUGUCGGAGUCGAGUUCAUCAUCUGGAACUGCCAACAUAAUUCAGACACCCGGCGAACAGAACGAAUCGAGCCCCACUUUUGAAGUGGCGAAGCAUUACGCUCCGCAGGGAGAAUGGACACUGCAUCGGCUUGUUACAUGUACCGGUUUUCUGUGCCAUCGUUGCAAUAAGCAGAAGAAAGCGAAGCUUGUUGCUACCCGCCACAAUCAAUGGGACGAGGUUUGCUGCAAUGGUUGUUAUGGCGAGCUUCUCUCAAAGGGAAAAUAAGAAUAAUCGCCAUUCUCAGGGUUGAAAUGUGUAAAGAGUUAGCGUUGUUGUUAGUGGCCUCAUAGC